GGUUUUUGCCCCGGCUGUGACUUGCAACAACUCAACCAUGAACGUUGUCAAAGCAGUCCGCGACUAUGUGGAAAAGAUGGUCAAGGACGUGCCCGGAAUGAAGGCCGUCAUCCUCGACCGCUUCACGACACAAUACCUCAGUCUGGUCUAUUCGCAGUCGGAAAUCCUGCAAAAGGAGGUGUACGUGAUUGACAAGCUCGAGAACGCCGGACGCGCGGCCAUGCAGCACUUGAAGGCAGUCAUCUACGUGCGUCCCAGUGAAGAGUCUGUCUCGCAGCUGGUCGCCGAGCUCAGGGCGCCAAAGUACGGCCAGUACUACAUCUAUUUCUCCAACCAGGUCAAAAAGUCGCAGCUCGAGCAACUCGCAGAGGCUGACGAACACGAAGUGGUCAAGGAAGUGCUGGAGCUGUACGCUGACUUUCUUGCCGUCAACCCUGGCCUGUUUUCGCUCGGUAUCACGGGAUGCAUGCUUUCGGGUGCACGCGAUACUUGGGAAGAGCGCGCCAUGGGCCGUGCCGUCGAGGGCCUCUCGGCUGCCUUGCUGUCGCUGCGCCGACGACCCGUCAUCCGCUACGCCAAGAUGUCGAACCUUGCCAAGGGUCUUGCUACUGAGCUGACGCUCCGCAUGCAAAGCGACGCGGCCCUCUGGCAGUUUGGCCGCAAUCAGGACGUGCCGCCACUGCUGAUGAUCCUCGAUCGCCGAGACGAUCCCGUCACGCCGUUGCUCAACCAGUGGACGUACCAGUCGAUGGUGCACGAGCUGCUCGGCAUUUACAACAAUCGCGUGGACUUGUCCAACAUUCCAGACACGUCGUCGGGGCGGCGACAAGAGAAGGACGAGCUCAAGGAGGUCAGCCAGAACCUCGUUCUCCUCACGGAAGAGUUCCAAAAGCACACGCAGGAGAACAAGAAGAUUGAAUCGAUCGAGGACAUGAAGGCCUUCAUCGAGCGCUACCCCAAGUUCAAGCAAAUGUCGGGCAACGUUGUCAAGCAUGUGACUGUCUUUGGCGAGAUUGUUCGUCGCAUCAACCUCAACGAUUUGUACUCUUCCUCCGAGAUUGAGCAAAACCUGGCAUGCCAAAACGUUGAGCACGCUCAAGCAUUGGAGGAUGUCCGAUCUGUCAUUGACAACAACAAGGCCACCGAUCUCGACCGUCUUCGCGUCGCCCUGCUGUACGCGCUGCGAUUUGAGCGCAACAGCUCUGCUUCCAUCCCGGCCCUUGUUGAUUUGCUCAACCGCCGCGGCGUGCAUCCCGAUCUUGUGGCUAUUCUCAGCGUCAUCACCCGAUAUGCUGGCGCCGAUGUCCGUGCAAGCGACGUGUUUGGCAACAAGAGUAUCAUCUCGUUUACAAAGAAGGCGCUCAAGGGCUUGAAGGGCGUGGACAACAUUUUCACGCAGCACGAGCCGUACCUGGUCGAGGUGCUGGAUUCGCUCAUGAAGAACAAGCUCAAGGACCAGCAGUUCCCCUGGGCCACGCCCAGCAUGCGCGAGCGGCCACAAGACAUUAUCCUCUUCGUGGUCGGUGGCGUCACGUAUGAAGAGGCUGUUGCUGUCGACAAGUUCUCUCGCGCCACUCCCGGCAACCCGCGCAUUCUUCUUGGUGGCACCAACAUUCACAACACGUUUAGCUUCCUCGAGGAGGUGGAAAAGAGCAUGUACGGUCCCCGCAAUUCAAUCUUUGUCGAGCGCAAGUUGCGAGGCGCCGCGCCGCCCAAGACCGAGGUGAUCAAGUACAAGUCCACCGAUAACCAGUCCUCGCAGCUGACAUAA